GGCGAAAUUGAUAUUCGGGAGAUUAAGGAGAUCCGUACGGGGCAGAAGUCCCGGGACUUCGAGCGGUAUGUGGAGGACUCGUCUGCGCGGACCGACCAGGCCCACUGCUUCGUCAUCCUCUACGGGACGGAGUUUCGGCUCAAAGCGCUCAGUCUGGCAGCGACCUCAGACGAGGAGAUGGUCAUGUGGGUGAAGGGUUUGAACUGGCUGGUGUCGGAUACGUUACGCUCCCCCACACCCCUGCAGAUAGAAAGGUGGCUGAGAAAGCAGUUCUACGCAGUGGAUCGCAACAGGGAAGACAGGAUUUCCUGCAAGGAUCUGAAGAGUAUGCUGUGUCAGGUCAACUACAGGGUUCCCAAUAUGAGGUUCUUACGGGAGAAGCUUCCGGACGGAGAGCUGAGGAAUGGAGAUGUGUCGUAUUGUCAUUUCGCCCAGCUGUACCGCAGCCUGAUGUUUGAUGCACAGAAAUCCAUGGAGAUUCCACUGCUACAAAGGUUUAUUGAGAGACCGGAACAGAAGAUCUCACUGGAGGACUUCCAGAACUUCCUAAUUGAACAUCAGAAGGAGCUUUGGGCCACAGACAAUAACAAGGUGCAGGAGUUCAUGUUCCACUACCUGAAGGAUCCUCUGCGGGAGAUCGAGCAACCGUACUUUCAUCAAGACGAGUUCCUCACGUAUCUGUUCUCUAAAGAGAACACUAUCUGGGACUCGCAGCUCGAUCAGGUGCGACCAGAGGACAUGAACAACCCCCUGUCCCACUACUGGAUCUCCUCGUCCCACAACACCUAUCUGACAGGAGACCAGUUUUCCAGCGAGUCGUCUCUGGAGGCGUACGCCCGCUGUCUGCGGAUGGGCUGCAGAUGCAUCGAGUUGGACUGCUGGGACGGUCCUGAUGGGAUGCCUGUCAUCUACCACGGCCACACGCUCACCACCAAGAUCAAGUUCAACGAGGUGCUUCACACCAUCAAAGAGCAUGCCUUCGUCACGUCUGACUAUCCCAUCAUCCUCUCCAUCGAGGACCACUGCAGUAUUGUCCAGCAGAGAAACAUGGCCGCCCACUUCAGGAAAGUGUUUGGAGACAUGCUCCUGAUCAAAGCCGUGGACAUCUCCGCGGACGGCCUGCCCUCGCCCAAUCAGCUCAAGAGGAAGAUCCUCAUCAAGCACAAGAAAUUAGCCGAGGGAAGCGCGUACGAGGAGGUCUCGUCUUCGACGCCGUACUCGGAGAACGACAUCAGCAACUCCAUCAAGAACGGCAUCCUGUACCUGGAGGACCCCAUCAACCACGAGUGGUACCCUCACUUCUUCGUCCUGACCAGCAAUAAGAUCUAUUAUUCUGAGGAGACGUCAAGUAAUCAAGGGAACGAGGACGAGGAGGAGCACAGAGAGGUCAGUAACGGCAUGGACCAGCACGUAACGGAGAAGUGGUUCCACGGUAAGCUGGGAGCGGGACGUGACGGGCGUCAGAUCGCGGAGCGUCUGCUGGCGGAGUAUUGCUUGGAGACCGGCGCGCCCGACGGCUCCUUCCUGGUGCGCGAGAGCGAGACCUUCGUGGGAGACUACACGCUCUCCUUCUGGCGGUCCGGCCGCGUUCAGCACUGCAGGAUUCACUCCCGCCAGGAAGCCGGCAGCCCCAAGUUCUACCUGACGGAUAACCUGGUGUUCGACACGCUGUUUGCGCUCAUCACACAUUACCAGCAGGUUCCUCUGCGCUGCAACGAGUUCGAGAUGAAGCUGACCGAGCCUGUGCCACAAACCAACGCUCACGAGAGCAAAGAGUGGUACCACGCGUGCCUGUCCCGCAGCCAGGCCGAGAACAUGCUGAUGAGAGUCCCGCGUGACGGGGCUUUCCUCGUCAGGAAGAGAACAGAAGUCAACUCUUUCGCCAUUUCCUUCCGGGCGGAGGGCAAGAUAAAGCACUGCCGUGUGCAGCAGGAGGGACAGACGGUGGUCUUGGGCACUUCUGAGUUUGAUAGUCUUGUAGAUUUGAUCAAUUACUAUGAGAAACAUCCACUGUACCGCAAGAUGAAGCUGCGCUACCCCAUCAACGAGGAAACACUGGAGAAGAUCGGCACUGCGGAGCCUGAUUAUGGCUCGCUGUACGAGGGCCGUAACCCUGGAUUCUACGUGGAAGCCAAUCAGAUGCCUACGUUUAAGUGCACAGUACGAGCCAUGUAUGAAUACAAAGCCCAGCGAGAUGAUGAACUUUCCUUUAAUAAGAACGCCAUCAUUCAAAAUGUGGACAAACAGGAAGGAGGCUGGUGGAAGGGAGACUGCGCUGGCAAGAAGCAGCUGUGGUUCCCGGCCAACUACGUGGAGGAGAUCAGCCCGUCGGCCGUGGAGCCCGACCGAUCCGCCACAGAGAACAGUCCUCUGGGUGAUCUCCUGAGAGGAAGUGUGGACGUGUCUUCCUGUCAGAUCGUGGUGAAAACCGAAGGGAAGGGCAGCAGGCAGUUCGUGUUCUCUCUGGUCUCCACGUCUUCGCCCCGCACCAGCCCAGUGCUGGACAUCGCCGCGAGCUCGCAGGAGGAGCUGAAGGACUGGCUGGGGAAGAUCCGCGAGGUCACCGUGACCUCUGAAGCCAAGAUUGAGGAGGGUAAAAUGAUGGAGAGGAGGAAGAAGAUCGCUCUAGAGCUGUCGGACCUGGUCAUCUACUGCCGCCCGGUUCCCUUCGAUGAAGACAAAAUCGGGACGGAGCGGGCCUGCUUCCGGGACAUGUCCUCGUUUCCCGAGACCAAAGCGGAGAAGUACGUGAACCGCGUCAAGGGGAAGAAGUUCCUGCAGUAUAAUCGCCUCCAGCUGUCCCGCAUUUACCCGCGCGGCCAGCGCCUGGACUCCUCCAACUACGACCCGCUGCCCAUGUGGCUGUGCGGCAGUCAGCUGGUGGCCCUCAACUUCCAGACCGCAGAUAAGCCGAUGCAGAUGAACCAGGCUCUCUUCAUGCUGAACGGCAGGAGCGGGUAUGUGCUGCAGCCGCCCAUCAUGAGGGACGACGUCUUUGAUCCCUUUGACCGGCACUCUCUGAGAGCGGUGGAGCCGAUCACGCUGAGCAUCGAGGUGUUGGGAGCACGCCACCUGCCCAAACACGGCCGAGGCAUCGUGUGCCCUCUCAUCGAGAUUGAGGUUUGUGGAGCAGAAUACGACAACGCCAAGCAGAGGACUGACUCUGAAGCGGACAACGGUCUGAACCCCACCUGGCCCAGGAAACCCUUCCGGUUCACCGUCUGCAACCCUUCUUUUGCAUUCCUGCGCUUCGUGGUCUAUGAAAUCGACAUGUUCAAUGACCAGAACUUUCUUGCCCAGGCAACGUUCCCCAUCAACUGCCUCAAAACAGGCUACCGGUCGGUGCCGCUGAAGAACAGCUACAGUGAGGACCUGGAGUUGGCGUCCCUGCUGGUGCACAUGGACGUCGCCAGAGGAAGGGUGGGCUAUGAGAUCAUCCAUGAGAACGGGGAGUUGCUGAGCCCGUUCUCGACCGCGGGGGCGAUCGGCGUGACUCUGCAGGCGGGCCGCGAGCGCACCGGCGACACCAGCUCCGUGUCCUCCACCUCCUCCAUGUCCCCUCUGCCCUCGUCUCCGGGGCAGGCCCUGGGGUAUCGCGCUCGGGAGGGCUCGUUUGAGGCCCGCUACCAGUCCCCUCUGGAUGACUUCAGAGUGUCCCAGGAGGCGCUGUUGGACCAUGACAACAGGAGGCUCCGCAGGGCUCGCGUCAGCGCCGACAACCGCGCGUGAAGGUCCGGCUGAGCGCGCGACGGAUGGACAGCGCAGACGCAAGGCCAGCGACGCGAGCCGAUGAUGUCAAGGACUGCCGUAAAAACCCGUUUCUGUGGAAAUCGUCAUCGCCAGCGUUUUUGGAUGGAUCUCCCUCUCCCGCUCGGGGCCGCGCGAGUGGCGGAGGGGCCUGAACGGACAGAAAUGAACAAAUAUCUGCUUCGCUACGAUCUGAACCUGCGGCGCAGGGGACGGGGUGCUCCGCCUCCGGGACACGUGGCGUUUGGGCCAGGGGUUCAGGACUCAGUGGGGGCUGUAUCAUUCAUCACUUUCAAACCGAUUCCAGGUUAACAUUUAUGGAGUAAUAAUACUUUUGCUUACUCUGUCUCUGGCUUAUAUAUAAAUAUAUAAAUGUGUGUGUGCGCGCCCCAUUUUGCUGUCUGCAGCUGAUCUGCUCUCAAAGAGCUCUCACUCCACAUUUUUUAUUUCAUUUCAGAUCGAUUAUUUGUAUUAUUUAAACGUCUGUUUUAAACAUUCAAGAUUUUCUUUUCUAUACGAGUAUGUUUCUAACAUGAGGGCUUUGCCUUUUUAAUUGCGUUUCUCACGCUUUCUCUUCCCUCUUGAUGGACUGGAGUGUCCCGGGAUGCUCGUGUUCUUGUGUUUUAAGUGGGCAGAAGGCAGAUCUCAUUGAAAGUCGUCGCCAUCUGAGCUUCAGGAAGACGUUCUUAAACAUUUAACUCAAGAACGGCCUUUAUUUUAUUUUGAAAUGGCGUCGUCAAGUGAGCGGAGAGCAAUAUCACUCUCCUUGUUUUACGUAUUUCCAGUCUGAACCUGUCGGACCAUCUCAUUUCAGAACAUUUUAUCCCUCUAGAAUGAUUUCUGUGAUUUAUCAUGUGCUCUCCCUCCACGUUUUACCUAUUGAAAUGUCCUGAAGGCUUUUAUUAUGUGUUUUCUUAUCAGAUCAAAUAGGGAGGAAAUGUUAUGUAUGAUUUAGUACCUUUAGUCAUGGUGCCUGUAUGAAGAAAGCCAAAGCUAGACUGUGCAGGUGGUGUAUACAAGAAAUUGGGACCAAAUACGUUUGUCUCGGCUCACGUGGUUAGUAGAACUCGAUUUUUGGGAUAUAAAUGUUUUUUUUUUUUUUCGUUUUGUUUUUCCUCCCCUACUGUGGAUAAGAGCAAGGGCAUUGUUGACCAUUCCCUCUUCUGAUGUAUACCUUGUGCCAAGCACUCAUUUACUUUUGCAUUAUGCCAUAGUAUUGCCCUAACAUUUAUUAAUAAACAGGCUAAGACUGCUAAACCUCAGUAUUUACAGUUGAUGUACAGUAAAAAGGCCAUAUUUAUUGUUGCUCUGAUAACAGUCUCAUGCAGUUCUCUUGUUUAGCCAGUAGAGGUUGAGAUGUUACUGAUCGGCACACAUACACAUGCCAUGUAGUCCAUUACAGAAGCCUUUGUGAUGCGUGACCUGGCUCUCCAUUUGACCAUGGGAUCCAGGUGUGUUUUUUUUAUGGAGCAAGGCAAACUUGUGCUUUGUUUUAGAAAUUUUUGCCUUGUGGCUGUAAAGUUAUGGCACUUUUGUCACAGUAUUUAUUUGGUUCUGUGCAUCAGAGUCUAAAAGAUGCUCCAGAAGUUUACUCCCAAAGUUGUGUUGUAACAAUAUUGUAUGUUCCCCUGAUUGGGCAUUUGCAGACAUGUUGAUUACGUUGAAGAUUGGAGAAGAGGGGCAUUUUAACUUGAAGGGAUGAGUAACUGGCUAAAUUCCUGUAUCUGUGAUUAGCGUACGGCCAUU